AUGAGUCAAAUUAGGAAAUGUCUUCAAAUUUCAACUACUAUAGCCUUUUCAAUCUUGGUCAUAUUAAGUCUUACUGGUUUCUUAGAAGCACAACUUCAACGAGGGUUUUAUAUGCAGUCAUGCCCUAUGGCUGAGUUCAUCAUAAAAAAUGAGGUCCGCGAAGCAUUUUUCAGUGACAGGGGAUAUGCUGCUGGCCUUGUAAGGCUGCAUUUCCAUGACUGUUUCGUUAGAGGAUGUGAUGGAUCAGUGCUCCUAGAUUCAACUCCAGGAAACACAGCCGAGAAAGAUGCACCAGCUAAUAAUCCUAGCCUGCGAGGGUUUGAUGUCAUCGAUAAUGCCAAGGCUAAAAUUGAAAAUAUGUGUCCAGGAGUUGUGUCCUGUGCUGAUAUAGUAGCCUAUGCUGCUAGAGAUGCUGUUGAAAUGGCAGGAGGAUUUGGCUAUGAUGUUUAUGCCGGAAGAAGAGAUGGUAGAAUCUCCCUAGAAUCAGACAUCAAGAAGAACUUGCCUCCAGCAUUUGGCGACGUUGAUCUACUCACUAAAAUAUUUGCCAGCAAAGGAUUAACACAAGAAGAGAUGGUUAUCCUAUCUGGGGCUCAUACCAUAGGUCGCGCUCACUGCAACUCCUUCACUGAUAGGCUAUACAAUUUCAACUCAGCAUCAGGACAGGAUCCCAGUAUAAAUGCCGCUUAUGCAGCGCAACUGCAGAGGCAGUGCCCAUCAGUGAACUCAGAUACCAGUACUGUGGUUCCAAUGGAUCCAAUUAGCCCCUUCACAGCAGAUACUGCUUACUACAGAAACAUCCUGAAUAACCGCGGCCUGUUUGCAUCAGAUCAAACACUAGCAUCAGACGCUGUUACUAAAGAUCUAGUUACCCAAUAUGCAAGAAAUCCUGGGCUUUGGGGAAGGAAGUUUGCUGAUGCAAUGGUUGCCAUGGGUCAAAUCGACGUCCUGACUGGUGUUGAAGGGGAAAUCCGAAUCAAUUGUAGAGUUGUUAAUUAAUCAAAUGCAGAUGUCUUAAUUAUGCUAGGUGCUGAAAUCAAUAAAAUGGAAGUAAUAUAUGGCUUUGUAGAUUACAGGCUUACAGCAAUAAAAUUGUAAUGGUUGUAUAUGUUUGAUCUAGUACCUCAAAGCUAUUUUUAUUUGAAAUUAGUGACACUAUCUUAACUACUACUA